CUUUUAUGAAAAAGAAAAAAAAAAAAAAAGAAAGAAAAAGCAGAUAAAAAGACAAAGAAACAAGCGGCGAGACCAGUAGACUUCUUGUGAAGCUAGUCCCCGACACAGCUUCACGCGUUUAUUUUUUCUGUUUCAAAUUUUCAUUUUUCAAACGCCAUUUCUCUCUCUCUCUACUGUUUCAGUAUUGACGCUUCUCAACUAAAACGACACCGUGUCUUCCUUCGCUCUCACUCCACAACCGACAAAUACCAAGCAUCCGAAAAUAAAAAAGAAAGCGACACAGGUUUGGUCCCUCUGCAGCUUGUUCAAGCAAUAUAUAAUGUAAUCAACUUUGUUCGAGUAUAUAGCUACCAGGUGUUUGUUGUGUGUGAGAAAGAAAGAGCGCCAUCGAGGACAUAACAAAACGACAGCGUUUAGAGAGGGCGUAUUUGCGUACCUGCAGCUGGAGACCAUGGUUUCUUGCAGCAACAAACUGAUAGCCAUCAACACACCGUUGAUUCCGAUCAUGAUAACCGUAAUGAUGACGACGAUGAUGAUCGCAGUAUCAGCAGCGAGGGAACUACGGCCGUCCGUUCACGGACUGGAGUACCAAAGCACAGCACCAGUAGGAGAGAAGUUACCGCCGGAAAUGGAGGAAUUCUUUGGAUCGUUGUCCUCGUCAGCUUCUGCAGCGCCAACUUCGAGAUCAGGUGCUAACGUGGCAUUGCCAAAAGCGAUGAAUUCAAACGACACCGCCUGGUGGAAUGGCAUAGCAGGUAAAAACAACGGCGAUCACGGAGAUCAGUUGAGGCACGUGCUGCUGGUGGCGAGUGUCGCGUGUGGUGCUACUGGGGCGGCGUUGCUAGUGGCUUCAGGUAUUGUGUAUUUUGUCAAGUAUAAAAAGCGAAAAGCAACGUCGUCAACGACGUUAGGGGAUAACAGUAAAGCCAUUGUUAUUAGUAAGUAAAUAUAGUUUAAUCAGUUAUUAGCGGAUUAACACAUGCAGAGUGCAGAGUUUCUGCUUUGUCUUCU